AUGCAGGAUCGCGACAAAAAUGGCCAGUCGGUCGAGGACGAAGCAGCGCGACAGAGGAGAGCCAUCCUAGAAAAGGCCAUGAUGGAUGAUCUCGGCACUUCUCGUGUCGAGGACCUGCCGUUGGAGGAUGCUGACGGCCCUCCUCGUCAUGGUCGUCAUGAUCGUCAUGAUGGCCGGAGACCUGACCGUCUUACGAUGCCUCAACCCGCUCCCGCCGUGUCGGAUUUCUGGGCAGAGGCCCAACGUCAGGGCGUGUUCAACGAUGACGACGCUCUUGCUGUCAAGGAUCUUGAUCCCCUUGGAGGCGGAAGACUCUAUGCCACCCGUCAGCAGGAAGUCGCGGCCUUAGGUAACCGCCUCAUUCAUGGCAUCAGAGACCAUGCUCAAAGAGUGUUGAACCCCGAGCUUGAAAGUCGCCUUGCUAAACAAUACCAUGGUCGCGGACGUGAGAUACCUCCAAACCGAAAAAUCAACAUUGGCAAAGGCAUGAAGACAUCCGCUCUCGGAGUUCUUUAUCAUGAAGCCCAGCCGGUCAGGCAAUUCCCUCCGGGCUACCAACCAUCCACCACGAGGCCAAAAACACAAGUACCAGUGCAGACUCUUCCUCCAAGCAGACCUCCCCGUCCAUCAUCUUCUACAGCGCCCCGUCAACUGGUUCCUCCCAAGCAAGGGCUUCCGUCUUCCCGAAAUGGAGUUGCAUCUGGUGCAACUUCCACUGCGCCUCGCACCGAGACUUCUCGGGCUUCUUCAAUUCAGGCCCGUUUGCUAUCCGUCGUCCAGAGUCAAACACAACAGGCUCCAACACAACAUCGCUCAACUGUUGCCCCGAAAGCUUCACGUCAAAACUCCGCGAGCAGCAUCCGGCAAUCGUCGGCGCCUACCGUCCAAGACUCGGCAAGACAGCAGCUCCAGAAUGUGGAUCUUGCUCCCCUUCCAGUGACCGAAUCUCCUCUUUCUUCACCAGAGCUGUUCAAUGUUGUCUUCAGCUGUGAAGUUAACUUUCCCAUUCCGCCCCGGGCACCUGACCGCUCGUCUGUGCCCCCCAGGGGCAUAAUCUACCUCUCCGCGGCCGAAAGACCACAUUUGGGAUUCUUCACAUUGACUCGCGAUGGCGACCUCGAUGGCCAAUGGCCUAUUGCGAGCUAUCACUACCACUCCAUUGACUCCACCCGGCAGCUGAUAGUUAUUUUCAGGGCCCAAGAUGGUGUGACCAGAGACAGUCGUAAAGUCAAUUUCACGUCCUAUAUGGACGCGGAGGACUUUCACAAGACACUCAAGCGUCUUCAGGCUGGAGAAUAUCUGGAACAGGUCAACCAAAGCUCUAGGCAGGUGUUAGAGCACACCGCCCAAGAGGCAACUCAUGCCACCGUGGAGGCAUCCCCUACACCUGCUCCUCAGAACCCCGUGUCUGGAGCUCAAGCAGGACAUGCAUCUACAUCAGACUCGGACAUUGUCGUAAGCCAACCAUAUACACCAAAUCCCAACACAGCCCAAGCAGGCAACCAAGAGGUACUAGUCGGUACGCUUAUUGACUUCGACACUUACGAUGAUGAUACAUCGACGGUCCAGCCAGACUAUGCUCAGUCCGAAGCUGCGGAACUACUCUCCACCCUCGAUCCGGUCGACUACGAGCUUGAGAAUGUCGACAAUCACCUUGAGUUCCAGCAAGCACAAGCUGAAGCGGCGGAACAGAACUAUGGGAUUGAGGUUGUCAAGCAGGAAUUUGUCGACAGAUACCGCGAACUGUUGCAGAACCUGAUCAAAGUAUUGGGUGAACAGCCCAAAAAUCAGACAAAUCGCGGUGCUUCUACGAUGAUUGAAGGACUCGAGACCUGCGUGACGGAGAAUGCAAUGGCUGAUCAAUGCGGUCUCGAUGACACGACCAAAAGAGAGCUUCUGAGGGAGAUUUUUGGCGACUCUGAGUCCGUAGAUGCCGAUAAUUCUACCAACGACAUCCAAUCGGCCUCCGGUCCUCCAACAAACCUCCCGGAAACUCCCAGACCUCCCCCUUCAACUGCAAGCACAACCCCUACCUCCCACUGGCUAAGGGAGCUGGCCUUUAUGCCCGAGUGUUCCAGGAGGAACCAGCCUCCUUCGACUUGUCAGAGCUUGGAAGCUACGCUUUCGGCCGCGACGCCUUUUACUCCCACUCCUCUCCCAGCGGCUGCCUCCGCGCCUCUUGAUUUCUCCAGGACCCGAGCCAGCCAUGCCUGGGUGAUGGCAACAGAGGCUUCGAACACCGUAAGGUCUACGCCCACCAGUAUUUCCGAGUCAAUGGUUCAAGAAGCGAAAGAAGAGGCCCAAGAGCCACAGAUCAAAGAGCUUACACCAGUAGUUUCCCUUGAGACAACUGGGAAUCCAUCCCAUGAAGAGCACGUAGAUGAAGACAUUCACAGUGUACCCGAGCUUAUCUCUUUGGCCGUCCCGGAGCCAAUCAGGCCUUCGUCAACCAACAACAAUCUUCGUGGCCUCCGAGGCUCACGGUGGGCUAGACCCGAUGAUCGCCUUGAGACUGAAGGAGCCUUUACAGGCCCUCAAUUCUGGUCUAGAACCGCCCUUCGAGAGCUUGCACAACUUGAGCCGCUGGCCCAAGUCCAGGCUACUCCGGCCGAGUUAGCUGAAAUGUUUUCUGCUAGGCCUUCAGGGCAGAAUGUUGAACAUGUCACUCCUCGCCUUGAAGUUGCUCAGCAGAACGAUGGACCUACUCCAGUGCCUGAUCACCAGCCCGCUACUCCCGUCAACGAAACUUCAAGCAUUAGAGGACUGACUCCCCAGGAGCAGACACCUCGUGCAACACAGCGUGUUGACGACGCGACUAUUCAGCAGGCGAGCUCUAUCAGCGUACCGCCUUCUCAAGUAGAGUCGCUGGUUAGCUCUAGCAGCCAUGCCAACCGUGGCCUGGCUGGCUUUAGAUUUGCGAUUAGUCCGGUGCCACAGAGUUCCUUUGUACAGGCUCCUCCUCAACCCGAACAAGUCACUCUUGCCAGCUACCCCGUCAACCUUAGUUUAGCCGGGUUCAGAUUUGCUCGCAGUUCGACAUCAGAAAGCACCAGUAGUACUGACUCGCCGGCCGUCCAUGUCCAGUCGAAGCCUCCUAUUGUUGAGGCCCAGCCGCCGGCUCUCGAUCCCAGGCCUGUCAACCGCGGCUUGGCUGGAUCGAGAUUCGCUUCUGGUCAGGUGCUAUCCAGCUCUGGUAGCUUUACGGGCAUGUACCAUCCUCGGACGUAG